AAAUCAUAAGCAAUAAAGAAACUCAAACAAAUGAAGAUAGAACAAGAGUUGGGCUGCUGUCGUUGCUGUUUUAGUGCGCAAAUUGCCCGCACUGCUGUUUUGGAACGAAUUCGGUUGAACGAGUACGAAUUUCUCGUCUGCUUGUGUAACUACUUAAUUCCUACCGUAAAAUCAAAACAUCUGCGUUUCGUGGGUCGUCCUCGUAGAUAACGCCGUGCGUCCCGAAAGGUUCAAGUUGAACUACGUGAGAGAUGCGCAUCGUUUGUCAUGAGUACCUCAUGAAGAUCUUGGCGAAAAUCGGAAACAAAACAUCAUGGCGAGCAGCACAAACAGAAACAGCGGAACUGACUACUCCAGCUUCGCGAAUUGGAAUCCUGUUUCCAGUUGUAGGUGGAACCACGAAAAAAUCAUCGGCGCAGGAAAGCACAAGUUCGUGAAAACUGGCACGUACGAGAACUACCCGGGAAGGGCGAACAGUAAAGCGUGCGUGGUCAAGCUCCUGAAAACCGGGGCGAAUUUUAGCAGCGAGUGUUUCCACGACGAUGUCCGUUGCGCGGAAGCCGCCCUUCCUUACAUUGAAAAGUUUCACGAAUAUUUCCGGAGCGCUUUUCCGAAGUUUUAUCCCGGCGGACAAACUUUUAUCAAAGUAAACGUGCCCACGGUGUGGCAGCAGAUAAACGACCACAACGGAAACCGGGGACAGAAGAUUCUCGUGGAGCCCUUGAUUCCGAAUUUUACGAAAUUCAAUUCGAAUUCGGGCAAGGCGGACGCGCGGUGCAAAAUCGCACAAGCUCUGAGCCACUUCUCGUAUCAUGCGUCAGACGGACGGGAGAUCUUGUGCGACCUGCAGGGCGGCCGGGACGGGAAAAACUAUGUGCUGUCGGACGUUGUUGUUAUGAGCGCUGACAAAAAGUACGGAAUUACGGACCUGGGUUUGCCCGGGAUCGAAAACUUUUGCGCGCAUCAUGUUUGCAAUUGCUUCUGCAGUCGCCUCUGGAAAACGUGGAGUGGGGCCCGUCGGCACUACCAGCCGGAAAUGUGCACAACGAUCACGCUGGACGUAGAGCACAUUCCCGUGCCGCUGUCUGCCCGCAAGUACCAACGCGUCUUCCCGUCUGACAUCAUGUUCACGCAGAAAAGUAUCAAGGAUCGGGUAAGUGUACCAAAAAGUUGUAUUUCAAAAAUACGUGCAGCUGUUUGCAGCUUCACUUGUCAACAUGAUAGAUGAAGCAAGAACAGUCUUGUCCCGUAGUGUUGUUUCGUGCUGCCUUCUCGUAGGGCUAACGUCUGCACUAAAAAACUACUUACUACAACUAUCCAGUUCCACGAUGGUAACACUCUGCUAUACACGGCGUUGACGCUUGCACGCCAAGAGAUCCAAAAGAGUGACAUACCGAUGAUCACCGUUGUGCAGUGCAAGGACGGAACGCUGCGUUCCCUAGACAAUCGGCGCCUGGCCGUCUUCCGUCUCUUGGGCAUGACCAGGAAAAUCCACAAGAUCAAGGUCGAAAUCGUUCCGGUCUCCCGAGUGGCGGAUGAAUACAACCGCAAGUUUGACGGCGGCAAUGGCGAGGAAAUUCAUGUCCGUCAGAGCAACCAGACCAUCGGCAGAUAUGAAUGGACCACGAAGUUCCGGCAACUCGCGGAGAUCAAAAAUACGUACCCGAGUCAAUCCCCGCAGGACGCAGCCCUUGCGCUCUUGCUGGGGUCGCUUACCGAUGAGUGAAGAGAACAUCAACAAGAGGCGGCGGUCGUGGCGGAGAGUUCGUUGGAUUCGUCAAAAAUGGGAGCUUUUCUUGCCUUAUCGCAGCCCAUUAUUUCAUCCACAGAGGAACGACAUUGAAUGUCGCUCGUGAGAAACCAAAAAAAUCGCGACUCGAGUUUCUUUAUUCCAUUCUUUGCAUUGUUCCGUGCUCGCAGCACUACAAUGUGUGGUAUCAACAUUGAAUUUGACCCG